GCGGCCAUACACAGAAGCGACGCCAUCGAAGCACCGCCAGCGUGCUUGCGAGUUCUGUUCCUGGAUUUACGGGCAUUUCACAAGCUGGUCGCUCUGUGGGAAAGCUUCUCUGCACUCACCCAUUGCCUACCGGGCCUACCGCCUCCUGCUGCGCAGGUGCUGCGCAAAGCCUGGUCGUGCAAACCUGACCAGCUUAAUCGCCAAUGCGUUUCUGCACAGACGUUUGCCAGCAGAAGCCGGCAGGAGGCGGCACAAUUCUACAGCGAUGAGGCGAACGUCGCAGCAUCAAGCAAUGCUUCGAAACACAUGAUGCUCGCCGGCAGCGGGCAGUGGGAUGACACUAGCUUGCACUUGAAGGUCUGUGCGUAUGUGAAGUCAGCGGCAGAAGUUGCAGCAACCAGGCCGACAUCAGAACAA